AUGUGGCGUAAACGACUUUUCUUCUCUGUCUCUUGGAACUUGUUGUUGUCAAGCGUUUGUCUAAUCGAUGGCCACGAGGCUCCGUCAGCGUUCGGCUUUGAAGGAGAGCAAUUUCUACUACCUGAAAACCACCUACUUCCAUCGGCGUUCUCGAGGCCGAUGCUUGGGAGGCGACAAAUUAUGGGCGCGCAGCGACUUAGCACUACUGAAGGACUACUGAAAAAUUUACAAGUCACACAGCCUCCGGUAGUCCCUCAACAGGGCAAAUCUUGUACUCGAAGCCUACUUCAGACCACAUUCGGAAACAGUUUUGGCAAACCUGCAAGAGUUAGCUACUCUGCGCCCAAAGAUUGCGGAGAAUCAGGCAGCUGGGCGUCAGUGAUACUAAGAUUGACCUUCACAUCACGGGGAACCCAGUUUGAUCGUCUAAGUUCUAUAUUCCUAAGCGGAGUUGAAAUUUGCAACUUCGUCGGCAUAGAUGGAGUAUUUUAUGUCGAGCUAUCUGCGACCUAUUACAUGGCAACUGCGGAUUUCCCAGCCCCAAAAUCCCCAGCUGUUAUCAUUCCACUCUCAGACAGCGAUUCUACAACGUUUUCCGUUCCGAAGGCAGCAACAAUCGCCGUCAGGAUACCACCUGUAAAGCCCCUUCUUAUCUUGUCGCGGAUUCCCAGUUUGAUUGAGUUGAUUUUGAUUCUCGGUGUGUUUUUCUUGAAGAAUGCCGUAUCUGCUGCUGUUGAAAUCUAUGCUAGUGGUUCGGAUAAAGAAGAGUUUUGGUACACCAAUUCUUUGGACCAAGUGGUACCGGCACUGAACAAGACUUCGAAUGAUAAUUACUCUGCUAAGGGAUCAUUCCGCGAAGUUCAACUAUGGAUACCCAUCGCUGCCUACGGAAGCUUGGACCAACCCACUUAUCAAGUUGAUAUUACACCUUUUCUACCUCUUCUGACUGACUCGAAAUCACACAACUUCACUCUGACUGUCGAAGGACAAGGCGAAAAUCGUUCAAUCAAUUCCAAAUGGUUUUUGAGUGGAAACAUUGCGAUGACGCUCGACGCUUCGGGAAAACGUACCACAGGAGAAAUUGUUGGGUAUCAAACUGAGCCUACCAUCAAUGUUGCUGGAGGAGAGGUAGCACAGCUGUCAACAGGAUCAAGUACCUCGGCAACAGAUUCGGUUGUCACUUUUUCGGAUGCUUUCAGUUUCCCUUUGAGGUUAACACUUCAGAAUACCCCGACUGGUUUAAAGGGAGAAAUCAACCUCACUUAUAAUCGUAAAUUGAAGCCGGCUGUAAGCGGGCUGGCAACAAGUAUUCAGACUACCCAAAUCGCAGCCGGGACUCUGGAGCUGGCCGAUCAGAGCAGAGCUUCGGGGGGCCUAGGUCAAACUGGUCAAGCAUUUUUUUACACGGACGAACGAGGUUCAAGCUUUAGCCGCAAUUUAAUUAUAAAAAAUGUAACAGAAAUUUUAAAAGAUGUUCAGUCAGGAUCACUUGCCACGCCUGGGCCUCAAAAGAGACGCUGA